AUGUUGUUCAGGUUUUGUUUCUCAACAAUUAUUCUCUUAUAUUGUCUGAUGAAUGAAAUUCUGGUUUUCGCUGAAAUAUGGCCGGAUCCGGUUGAUAACGGUAAAGAAAAUUAUCCGAAACCAACUACAUGGUCAAACAAAAAUUAUGGACAAUGGUGUCGUAAUCGAACUCUUAGCAGGUAUAUUCAAUGUCCAAUGGGUUCAACGUUUCAUUAUUAUUCUUGUUGUGGUGAGACGGCUACUGAAUGUUGUUUUCGAUUACAACCUACCAUUGUUGCUUAUUUGCUUUCUCUACUAUUUGUUAUUGUUGUUUCUCUAAUAUUUUAUUUUUUACUAAAAUUUGAUAUAAUUUGUUCAACAGAAAAUGUUGCAGAAAAUGAUGAGGAAUAA